AUGAAGUAUAUUUUAAAAGCUUUGGCUCUAGGAAUAGGGCUAAUCGUAGCAGUCAUUAGUAAAAUAACUGAAGCAGCUGGUGCCUCAGAGUAUUUUGUAAGAAGUUUACCCGGGUUACCAGAAAAUGCAACCAUAAAAUCUCAUGCUGGUCAUAUUCUACUUGAUCAAAAAACAAAUUCAAAUGCGUUUUUUUGGUUGAUUCAUAAUCAGCAUAUUUCUGAUACUCCUAAAUUUGUAAGUUUCACUUAUGUUGAAUGGAAUGGCUAA